AUGGCAGAAGGAGAGGAGCGUAUCGAACUUAAGUUUCGCAUAUAUGAUGGGACGGAUAUAGCACACGAUACUUAUCCAGCUUCUACUACAACAGUUGGUACACUUAAGCAAAAGCUAAUUGCUGAGUGGCCUCAAGGAAAAACCGUUAUACCAAAAUCAGUCAAUGAUGUAAAACUUAUACACGCCGGUAAAGUUUUGGAAAACACCAAAACGCUUGCUGAUUCCAGAAUAACUUUCGGUGACAUCCAUGGUGCUAUUACCAUGCAUGUUGUAGUACAGCCUCCUAUAGCUAAAAAAAAGACAGAGAAAAAGAAGAAGGAGAACAUGCAAAAGAAGAGUUCAUGCUCAUGCACUAUCCUGUAG